AUGGGCUUUGGUGACUCUGAAGAUAGCUUUCACCCCCCUUCCAUAGUACCAUUUCAGGGUUGCGGACAGGGCAACGGAGCGGGCCCGCCCAUUUGGGUUUCGGUUAGCUCCGUCAUCAUCCAAAUGAUGACCGCAAUGGGCUUUGGCUUUGAAUGUCUUACAGCAAUUGACUCUCACCUGCUCACCGCUCAGUGCUUCUGCUUUGUCGACGACACGGACGUGAUCGAAGCGGGCAAGUCCGUGGAACAAUCUGGCGAGGAUAUUUGCCACUCCGUCCAACAAGCGGCUUCCAUGUGGGCUGGAGGCAUUAGUGCUACUGGAUGUGCAAUUAACCCAGAAAAGUCCUUCUGGUGGUUGAUUGACUUUGGGUGGGACUCCAGAGAGGGCAAAUGGCGGUUCCGCCGGACGCCCCAACUCCUACCGGAUAAUAAUAAUAAUAACUGA